AUGGGUGGAAGUAGUUCGAAAAAACCAUUUACUGAAUGGGAUUUAGUUCAAUUUAGUAAUAUGACUGGAGUUCCAUUAUCAACAGUUGAAACUAUUUAUAAAGAUUUUCGAACUGUAACUGGAGAAAAUAAUAAAAUGGAAAAAAAAGAAUUUCGUCAUUUAUAUAAACAAAUGUAUCAAAGUUCUCAAAGUGGAAAUAAUGUUGCACCUUUUCUUACUGAUCAUGAUUUAGAUAAAAUGUCUGAUCAUGUUUUUGAAACCUAUGAUUUUGAUGGAUCAGGAAAACUUACUUUUGAAGAAUUUGCUGAAAUCUAUUUAAUGCUUACUCAUUAUGGAGGUACAACAGCUGAUGGUAUUGCACAUCGUGAUCGAUUCAAUUAUCUUAUUGAUCAAUAUGAUACAACACCUGAGUUUAUAACACGUGAACGUGCUGAACAAAUAUUUGGUCGUCUUAAUAAAUAUAAUAAUUGGUCAAAUUGGAAUAAAACGACACCUGCUAAUUCAUCUCAAUCAAGUAAUGCACCAACAUGGGAACAUCAUUGGAAUAAACUUGAUGAUGGAACUGGAAGAGUACAAAAAAGUAAAUUUAUUGAUUAUGUUACUACUUCAAAUGAAUAUAAACGUCAUUUUGAUCCUGCUGUUGUUUAA